UUGCUAUAGUUUCUUGAUUCUCGGUUCAAGUCGGACGGUUUAUUUCCCUCCCGGUUAAAAGUUCACCGGCAGCCGGCUUAACAACAGCUUAUCAAUGAUUUAAUUUAAAACCCUUAGUCAACUUAAAAAUCGAACAAAAGCAAGUAAAAGCAUGGCAAACAAUAAUAAAAACUGGCUGCAAUCUGCGCUUCUUGUUGCUCUCAUUUUUGGGAGUUUCGACCUUGGAAGAGCGGCUUUAAUCUCUUCGAACAGCCAGCAAAUAUUCAAGCUGCAGAAUAAAGUGAUUUUGGAGGAACUGGGAAAAGAUUCAAGUGCCAAAGAGACAAGCUAUAAGUUUGAGACUGACCUGAAGAUCAAUUCGGUUUGGAGCCAAAAUGAAGAUCAGUUGCUGGAGGUUUUCAUCAGCGGAAGUAAAGUUGAUACCUCUGGAAAAGUUCGUUCCAUCACCAAAAUACCCGACAGACCAUUUUAUAUCAGUCUUGUAAAGGGUCAACCCGAAAAGGUCAUUGCACAUACUUCAAAGGACCAAUCCCUGCUUAAUUUGGAGCGGGGAAUUGCCUCCCUUCUGCAAUUGAGAUUAGAUGCCUCCCAGGAUGAGGAAUUGGAUGUUUCUGGCCUGUGUCGAGUGUCCUACAAUGUCAAAUCCUCAACGAAAGUGGAGAAAGUCAAAAGAGACUGCUCUCUUUGGAAUCUCAGGGUAAACACCCACCCAGAAGAAGCUCUAGGUGUUACUCAGCAAGCCCAGGAGCUGGUCUCCUAUGAACUCUCUUCAGAGGGAUCCCUUUUAAAGGCUGAAUCUGUAGAGAACCACCAGCUAAACCUGGCAGCCAAGCCUGAUGUGGGAACAUCAGUAAAAAGCAUUUUCACCAUACAACACAUCUCCCAAGGAUCUGAGGAUGUUAAACAGUUGGAGCAGAACAGUUUAGAUGAGGCCAUUAAAAGCCUGCUGGAAUGGUAUCGCGUCUUUGACAUAGAAUCCGAUGUCGAUGGAAUAAUCAGCGAGAUCAAAGAGCAAACUCUAGAGGAGCAACUGAAGGAAUCUCUGAAUGAACUACAAUCCAAGGACGUAGGCAAGUCUUCGCUGGCUUUGGCUUACGUGAAACUUAUUCCUCUGGCUCGCAUCACCAUGCAAGAACAAUUCGAGGAGCUUCUUAAGGAGCACAGCAGUCUUCUGCCCCAAUUGGUUGAUCUCUUGGGUGCCGUGCAAACCUUUGAUGCGCAUAAUGCCACUUUUGGAUUCCUUUACAAGGAUGCGGAAACCACCAAUGAGCAAUUGGAGCUGCUAGAAAAGUACUUGCAAUCUCUGGCGGUUGCCACUCAUCCGGAUAGGAAAAUAGUGGAGCAUUUGUUCAAAUUACUAGAGGUGGAAGCCACCAAGAAGCAGUCAAAGUUGAGGGAGAGCAUUAUCCAAACUCUGGCUACCUUGACCCGUCAAAGCAGAUUCAGUGCUCAUGAUCCUCUGCUGCAGCAGGUGCAAACUUAUCUGCUGCAAGGCCUCGCCUCCAAGGAACCCAUUUUGUAUAUAAGAGCUCUCCAAAAUCUACAGGAUCCUGCCACCAUUCAAUCCCUACUGGAACAGGCUCAAAGUGGCGAGGAUCCGAAUUCCUCUGUGGCUGCUUUGCAGGCUCUGAAAUCAUUCCCUCUGAGCAGCUUUAAUUCCACACAUCGCCAGCAGUUUGAAAGUAUUUUCUACCAACGAAAGCGACGAUUCGACAGCUCCGCUCGCACUUUGGCUUUGGAUAUCAUUCUAUCGCUGAGACCAAAUCAGGAACAAUUAGGUUAUCUUCUGGAUUACCUUGCAUCGACUGAUCGUCAGUUUGAGAUUAAAACAUAUGUGCUCCAGAAACUGAGAAUGUUGGCUGAAAAGUGUCCGCGAUUCCGGGCUUUGUUCAAAACGGAGCUGGCCAAAAGAAGGCAUGUGAACAACUACAAUGUGUUGGGGCAAAAGGGACUUACUACCGUCCUAACCCGUCAGCUUUCUGUGGCACCUGCCUUCAAUGAAUCCCUUUUGAGCACCCAGGAAGUGUACCAGGGAAUCCUUAAGCGUGGCUCAGUGGAAUUUUUGCUCCAUGCUGGACGCUCACAAGCCAGCAGCUUUAAAUUGGGCAUCUACACGGCUGGCUUGGGUUCGAUGGUGGGCGAUGGUGACUCCGGCGAUGGAAAUGACAACAUCCCGGCGGACGAUGAGUUUGGCAGCGAGGAGACAGUCACUGCAGGCAUGGAGAUCAGUGUGCAGGGUGCCCAAUUGCGUCCCCUCAUCUUCUUCAGCGGCCAGACUGAACUCAUGGGUCACGUGUGGGGAGGAAGUGCCUCGGACUCCACGCCCGCCUACCAAGCAACUACUUUGGCCCAGGAUAACGAGCACUACAUAAUCCUGGCAUCGGGAGCCACUCUGCAUUGGCAAGUGCUGGGGGCUAGGAGUGUGGAUCUCAAUGGCAAGGUUGGAUUCAGCUUGUGGAAUCGGAAUGCCCAAACGGAGAUUCAGCAAAACACCGGCAGCGCUGUUUUGGGGCACGUGGCUGUUGGUUUCACCUAUGCCAAAAUAGUGCAGGACUUCAGCCUCACACACGAACCAAAACUGAGUCUGAACGCGGAUCUAGACUUCUACAGUGGCAUUAAACUCUGCAUGCAGCUUCAGCGACCCGAACAGCUUCUUAAGGAAACCAACGCUCGCUCUGUUUUUCUGCAGUCUGUGGAUCGUCCUUAUGCCAAACACGUACGUUCUCAGCGCUUUCAUAAAACGCCUGGCUGCACUUUUGCGCUCAAUCAAAAAAACAAUGAAAUGUGCAACGUCAUUUUAAGCGAAAAUUAGAGAUAUUCGUUGAGAUUAUUUGAGAUUCCUUACAAAAAAAAAAAGAGAUAAACACAUUAAAACUGUAACUCUUUGUUAAAAACUCGGAGAUUAAGACUCGAUAUAGUUGUAAACUCAAACGAACAAAAACAAUUUAUUUUUCAAAAUCAA